AAUGAUUUUCCCCAAGACGGAUAUUAUCGGUGAAUAAACUCUGUGACAGGUGCCUCUACCAAAGUCACUUCAUCCUCCAAGUUAAACCAUGGACCCAGUCAGACCAGGCCCUAAGAUUUCCACCGGGUAUUUGAGGGGGAGUAGAUCUCUAACGGGAGGGAAGGACGAUAAGAAAACUUCCGUGGGCGGCGACAAACGCCUCUCGGCCGGCUCCCGGGACAGGAGAGCGUCGGCUGACGUGUCGGAGAGGCGCAGCCUGGCCGGUGUAGGCAGGAGGGGGAGUUCUGACGACAACAGGGUUUCUACUGGAGCUGGGAUAGGAAAGGGCAAGGCGAAACAGGAAGCGAAGGUAGCACCAGUGGCAGACACGCCAUGCAUAAGCCAAGAGGUGUGCGACAGAAUAAACGAUGAGAUCAUGUCAGACGACGAUACUCAGAAGGAAAUUGAGGAGCUACAAGAGGGACUUGUCACUCUGCGGAUCAUGCUAACGGACCUACAGGACAUACGGGCCAUGCGGGAAAGGACCCGUGGAGUGCGAGGUGUGGUGCUGGGUGUAGCGGACAUGGCGACCUCCCUCAGCCGGGACCAGGUGGUCUGGGUGCCGUUCGUGUCGUCAUCACUGAUCGUCCUGCUCCUGUGUCAACUCGUGCGGCUCUUCUUCCGCUGACGUCAUGCUUCUAUCGAAGGGGUCGUACCUCUUAAUCUCCAAGCAGAUCCCACGGUGAUAUCAAGGUAGUAUCAAACGCUGGCAAAUGAGUGUAGGCGGCUUAUUAAGGUGUUCAUUGGCCUUCGGUGGGUUUUGAUACUAUGUUAUGCCACCAUAGGAUCUACUUGGAGAUUAGUAGUACCUCUGCCAGUGUUGGUAUACGGGUGCACUAGCUAUAUGGUCAUGUAGCCCAGCCCAUUAUUGAAGGAAACCUUUUUUUCACUCUUGACUACAGCGUCAACAAGAAAAACAAAACAACCAGGGGUAGUAGAGAGGCUUUGGUUUGGAUGCUAUUCCUCUUUCUUGAAAUUUGCACGUGAUUAAUGGGUCUGUAUGGAUCCGACACGUGUCCACUCCAGCCAUGCAUGCACCGUGAUGAGGGGUCAGACUUAGUCAUGUUGGGGACCGUAUUCUCAGCAGACGUGAUCUACAAUUGUUUGUAUUACUUGUUGCUUAACAGUGUGUAUAUUAGUAUAUGUGACAGUACUGUACGUUUGGAACUGCAUUGUCACACUGUUGUUUUACAAUAGCUAUGUACUUGCCAGUACUUUAUACGAUUGGAACGGUUGCAAAAUCACCUAGCUGCCGUGCAAAGUGAACCGGCCAUCUUUGCCCUGAAGAACAUGGGAGAUGGUCAUCGAAACGUUGGCUCUUGAAAUAAAAACAAACAUGUGGUUGAGAAUAAAGACGAUCUGCGGACUUCCUCA